CUUGAUUGUCUUACGUCACCGGAAGUGGAUGAGUGUGCCCUUGAUAGACAUGUGUGUGCUCCAAACACUCGGGAAAAGCUAACGUAAGGUGUUUGACACGCACAUAUUCACUUUUGGCUGCUUUUUCUCAGCAAGGGCACCGCUGAUGGCAUUUUACCAGUCCAUCACUGGUGUGUCUCGGGCAUUUAACCUUGGCAGAGCCCAUCCCUCUCCAAGCUUGAUCAAUGGACACUUUAGAGUAGCCACUUCACCUAACUGCAUGUGUUUGGGGGAAACCAGAGCAAACCCAUGCAGACAUGGGGAGAACAUGCAAACUCUGCAUAGACAGGCCCCCAUCAUCCACUGGGCUCAAACCCAGAACCUGCUUGCUCAAAAUGCCGUUACACAAAUACCCACCGCGCCUGUGGGAAGCCAUGAAGUUAAAGAAAGGGAUCUACACCCGUCUGCCGCAGCACUACCUGAAAUCCCUUCAGGACACAUCACCCCCAACUCCAGUGCAUUGGAGACCUCUGGGGGUGAAAUACAGAGCAAACCCGAAAACAGGCCACAGAGAGCGGGUUCAGGAUAUACCCAUUCCCAUUUAUUACCCACCGGAAUCGCAAGAUGGCCUGUGGGGUGGAGAAGGCUGGAUAUGCGGCUACAGAUACGCCAAUAAUGAUAAACUCUCUGCAAGAGUGAAGAAGACAUGGAAGCCUCAGCUCUUCAAGAAGGAGCUGUACAGUGAAAUCCUUGACCAAAAGUUCACCACCACAGUCACAGCUCACACACUGGAUCUUAUCGAUGCUGCUUACGGCUUUGACUUCUACAUUCUAAAAACACCAAAGCAGGACUUAAACUCCAAGUUUGGCAUGGACCUGAAACGCGCCAUGCUCCUGCGGUUAGCACGCAAAGACACUGAGCUCUACCCAGACGAUCCGGCUCGGCGGGAGAAGAUCUACGACAAAUACAAGCAGUUUGAGGUUCCUGCUGAGGAGGCGGAGUGGGUUGGACUGAGUUUGGAGGAAGCUGUCGAGAAACGGAGACUCCUUGAGCACAAGGAUCCUGAGCCCCUUUACAAGAGCUGUGUGGAGAACUUGGUGAAGGAACUGGCCAUGCAGAAACUCGCUGAACCACAGGUUGUGGAAAAGAAAGACUGAUGGCAUCGUCAGUGAUGUGAGCUUAAAUAAAGUUAUAUUUAUUGGGGUUUUGUUUUCUCUACUUACUUUUGUACUGAUGCCAUUUAAGAUCUACCAAUAUUCUGUAAAUAUCUACCUUCUAGUCAAGCAAUAAAUGAAAUCAUCAUCUGAUGUA